AUGGAGAACGGAGGGACACGCACUCAGCAGAUAAGGCAAGUCCUGCUUCUCUUUGUUUUGCUGGGAAUGUCUCAGGCGGGCUCUGAAACCUGGAGCUUUUCCGUGGCAGAAGAAAUGCAGAGCGGGAGUUUUGUAGGCAAUCUGGCAAAGGACCUGGGGCUGAAGGUGAGAGAACUGUCCUCACGGGGGGCUCGGGUGGUCUCUAAUGAUAAGAAACAGCGUUUGCAGCUGGACAUAAACACUGGGGAUGUGCUCUUAAGUGAAACACUGGACAGGGAGGAGCUCUGCGGUUCCAUCGAGCCUUGCGUGCUACAUUUCCAGGUGUUAAUGCAAAACCCCACGCAGUUUUUACAAAUUGAGCUUCAGGUCAGGGAUAUAAAUGAUCACUCUCCCAUCUUCUUGGAAAAACAAAUGCUCCUAGAAAUCCCAGAGAACAGUCCUGUUGGUGCUGUGUUCUUACUAGAAAGUGCGAAGGAUUUAGAUGUAGGAAUCAAUGCUGUAAAAAGCUACACAAUAAGCCCCAACUCUCAUUUUCACAUUAAAAUGAGAGUCAAUCCAGACAAUAGGAAAUACCCCGAGUUAGUUCUGGACAAGGCGCUGGAUUAUGAAGAGCUCCCGGAGCUCAGUUUCAUCCUCACUGCUCUGGAUGGUGGGUCCCCUCCCAGGUCUGGAACUGCCUUGGUCAGGGUGGUGGUUGUGGACAUUAAUGACAACUCCCCUGAAUUUGAGCAGGCUUUUUAUGAGGUGAAGAUUCCGGAGAAUAGCAUCCUUGGCUCGCUGAUUUUGACUGUCUCAGCUUGGGAUUUAGACUCUGGAACAAAUGGUGAAAUAUGCUAUACCUUAUCCCAUGCCUCAGAAGAUAUUCGCAAGACAUUUGAAAUUAAUCAAAAGUCUGGAGACAUUACUUUAACAGCACCUCUGGAUUUUGAAACGAUUGAGUCAUACUCAAUAAUCAUUCAAGCCACAGAUCGGGGAGGACUUUUUGGAAAAUCUACAGUCAGAAUUCAGGUGAUAGAUGUAAAUGACAAUGCUCCUGAAAUCACUGUGUCAUCAAUUACCAGUCCAAUCCCAGAAAAUACGCCAGAGACCGUGGUUAUGGUUUUUAGUAUCCAAGAUAUAGACUCUGGGGACAACGGAAGAAUUGUUUGUUCCAUUCCGGAAGACCUCCCAUUCGUGCUAAAAUCUUCAGUUGAGAAUUACUACACGUUGGAAACAGAGAGACCACUGGACAGAGAGAGCACAGCCGAGUACAAUAUCACCAUCACCGUCACUGACUUGGGGAUACCCAGGCUGAAAACCGAGCACAACACAACUGUGUUGGUCUCUGACGUCAAUGACAACGCCCCCACCUUCACCCAAACCUCCUACACCCUGUUCGUCAGCGAGAACAACAGCCCCGCCCUGCACAUCGGCAGUGUCAGCGCUACAGACAGAGACUCAGGCACCAAUGCCCAGGUCAACUACUCGCUACUCCCGCCCCAGGACCCGCACCUGCCCCUCGCCUCCCUGGUCUCCAUCAACGCAGACAACGGCCACCUGUUCGCCCUCAGGUCGCUGGACUACGAGGCCCUGCAGGCGUUCGAGUUUCGCGUGGGCGCCACAGACCGCGGCUCCCCGGCGCUGAGCAGCGAGGCGCUGGUGCGAGUGCUGGUGCUGGACGCCAACGACAACUCGCCCUUCGUGCUGUACCCGCUGCAGAACGGCUCCGCGCCCUGCACCGAGCUGGUGCCCCGGGCGGCCGAGCCGGGCUACCUGGUGACCAAGGUGGUGGCGGUGGACGGCGACUCGGGCCAGAACGCCUGGCUGUCGUACCAGCUGCUCAAGGCCACGGAGCCCGGGCUAUUCUGCGUGUGGGCACACAAUGGCGAGGUGCGCACCGCCAGGCUGCUGAGCGAGCGCGACGCGGCCAAGCACAGGCUAGUGGUGCUGGUGAAGGACAAUGGCGAGCCUCCGCGCUCAGCCACCGCCACGCUGCAUGUGCUCCUGGUGGACGGCUUCUCCCAGCCCUACCUGCCGCUUCCUGAGGCGGCCCCGGCCCAGGCCCAGGCCGACUCGCUCACCGUCUACUUGGUGGUGGCAUUGGCCUCGGUGUCGUCGCUCUUCCUCUUCUCGGUGCUCCUGUUCGUGGCGGUGCGGCUGUGCAGGAGGAGCAGGGCGGCCUCGGUGGGUCGCUGCUCGGUGCCUAAGGGCCCCUUUCCAGGGCAUCUGGUGGACGUGAGCGGCACCGGGACCCUUUCCCAGAGCUACCAGUACGAGGUGUGUCUGACGGGAGGUUCCAAGACAAAUGAAUUCAAGUUCCUAAAACCGGUUAUCCCUAAUAUCCAGGCAAAAGGUCUUGGGAAGAAUAGCGAAGAAAACUCCACCUUUCAAAAUAGCUUUGGAUUUAAUUUUUAGUAAGAAUGCUAUUUACAUUUUCAUGUACUUUUUUAGUUUUAUGUAACCAUAUCAAUAUUAUUUAGUCUUAAACUAGUUACCUUAUUAUGCAAUACAACUAAUUGUAUUUUUAAUUUUUUUCUUUUCUCCCCCCACUUUUUUUUUUUUUUUUUUUUUUUUUUUUGAGACCGAGUCUCGUUCUGUCGCCCUGGCUGGAGUGCAAUGGUGUGAUCUCAGCUCACUGCACCCUCCGCCUCUCGGGUUCAAGCAAUUCUCCUGCAUCAGCCUCCCGAGUAGCUGGCAUUACAGGCGCCCACCACCACGCCCGGCUACAUUUUUUUUUAAAUCUUUAGUAGAGACGGGGUUUCACCACGUUGGCCAGGCAGGUCUUAAACUCUUGACCUCAUGUUCCACCCGCCUCGGCCUCCCAAAGUGCUGGGAUUACAGGUGUGAGCCACCGUGCCCGGCCUUUUUCUUUUCUUUUUUGAUACAGAGUCUUAGUCACCCAGACUGGAGGUCAGUGGUAGGAUCUCAGCUCACUGCAACCUGUGCCUCCUGGGCUCAAGGCUGCCACCUCAGCCUCCAAGUAGCUGGGACUACAGGUGUGCACCACCAUGCCCGGCUACUUCUUGUAUUUUUUGUAGAAACGGAUCGUCACCAUAUUUCUUAGGCUGGCCUUUAACUUCUGAGCUCAAGAGAUGCACUCCCCUCAGCCUCCCAAAGUGCUGGGAUUACAGGCGGCCAGGCCUAUUUUCAAUUUUCAAGUAUUGCAUAUCAUUGUGAAUAACAUUGUAAAUCCUUUUUAUAUUAAGUAACAGGUAGUUAAUCCAUUUCUAAUGAAUAAUUUUAAGGUUUUAAUCCUUUCUAAGUGUACAAUAAUUUACUGAUUAUUA